AUGGAGGGAGAUCUGGUCUUCGCAGUCGACGGGGUGGGGCGUAAGGUGAUGAGAUACACAUCGGGACACAACGACAAACUCGGAUCAUCUUUCGACGCUAUCUACCGCGUGUGGUCCAACGGGGAGGAGCUGCGUGUGGACAAGGACCCGCUGUCGAGGAGCCUCACGAGGGGCGAAAAUACCUUCUUUGGAUAG